GCCGCGGCCGAAGCUGAAGCCCCUGCACUGGGACAAGGUUCGGGCCAGCUCCGACCGAGCCAUGGUGUGGGAUCAGCUCAAAUCCAGCUCAUUCCAGGUGAAUGAGGAGAUGAUCGAGACGUUGUUCAUCUGCAAUCCGGCGAAUGCGGCGCCGAAGGAGGCGACAAAGAGGCCGGCGUUGCCGACGCCCAAGGCGGAGAACAAGGUGCUGCUGGAUCCAAAGAAGGCACAGAACAUCGCCAUCUUGCUGCGCGCUCUGAAUGUUACCAAGGAGGAGGUCUGCGAAGCCCUCUGCGAAGGUAACACGCAGAACUUCGGCGCAGAUUUACUGGAGACCUUGCUAAAGAUGGCUCCUACCAAGGAAGAGGAGAUCAAGUUGAGAGAAUUCAAAGAAGAGACAUCUCCUAUUAAGCUUGGCCCUUCCGAAAAGUUCCUUAAGGCGGUUCUUGAUGUGCCUUUUGCUUUCAAAAGAGUAGACGCGAUGCUUUAUAUUGCUAACUUUGAAUCAGAGGUCAAGUACUUGAAGAACAACUUUGAGAUCCUUGAGGCUGCUUGUGAGGAGCUUCGAAACAGCAGACUAUUUCUGAAGCUACUGGAGGCCAUUCUUAAGACUGGCAACAGGAUGAAUGUUGGCACAAAUCGGGGCGAUGCUCAUGCGUUCAAGCUUGACACUCUACUCAAACUGGCUGAUGUCAAAGGCACCGAUGGCAAGACAACCCUUCUGCAUUUCGUCGUGCAGGAGAUCAUCCGAACAGAGGGCUCCCGUCUCUCUGCCAGCAACCAAUCAACGCCAAGAACUCUCGCGAACCCUCUCCGAGACGAGCUUGAGUGCAAAAAGCUCGGCCUCCAAGUGGUGGCUGGCCUCGGCAACGAGCUCAGCAGCGUCAAGAAGGCGGCGGCAAUGGACUCCGACGUGCUAAGCAGCUACGUCGCGAAGCUCGCAGGAGGAAUAGAGAAGAUCACCGAGGUUUUGCGGUUGAAUGAAGAGCUGAACACGAGGGACGACGCGUGGAGGUUCCAUGACACGAUGCAGAAGUUCCUGAAGAAGGCCGACGACGAGAUCCUCAGGGUUCAAGCUCAGGAGAGCGUCGCGCUGUCGCUCGUGAAGGAGAUCACCGAGUACUUCCAUGGCGACUCGGCGAAAGAGGAGGCCCAUCCUUUCAGGAUCUUCAUGGUGGUCAGGGAUUUCCUCUCGGUGCUCACUCAGGUGUGCAGGGAGGUCGGCAGGAUCAAUGACCGCACGAUCGCCAGCUCCGUGCGCCAUUUCCCGGUGCCCGUCAACCCGAUGAUGCCGCAGUUGUUCCCGAGGAUCCACGCGUUGAGAGCUGGAAUCUCCGACGACGAGAGCUCGGUCGCGUCGUCGCCCUGACCACCACUAGUCUGCCAAUAGAAUUUUUCUUGGAUUAUCAACGGGGAGACAUGCCAGAGAGGGCGGGAACUACAGAAGGACAACUCAACAGGGUGGCAGCCGGGGCCAGAGCACCCCUGGCACCGGAGCUUCAACCAACUAGCAGCGGCAUCUAUCCAACAUGCCAUAUGGCCAUGGCGUCGCCAAGCUCAGGUGAGUUGGAGGUAGCUGAGCACCCCCCUAACACCGUGCUCGACGACGCGCGACACCCGCACGCAUGAACGCCGAUGGCGGCGGGCCUGUUCAUCCCUUUUUUCCUGACUUUUUGUACCUGUAGAAUAUAGAAUGUACAAGUUUUUGCAAAUAUUUAUUCCGACAUAUAAGAAGGGACAAAAGGCUUUAGGUCAGACUUCAGAGGAGGAAAAAUAAGCAAGCAGUUCAUGUAUGUAUGUAUGUAUGUAUGUAUGCGGUCUCAAAUUCUGUACAUUAACAUGGAAGAGUGGGUAAAUCAGAUGUCGAAUUAUUC